AUGUCUAAGGAGUUACCAAAGAGGAUUUUUAGGGAGGGCGAGGAGCCCCAAGUGAGUCAGAUCAACAACAACUGUAGGAUUGACUACAUUAUCCGAAAGUUCAAAGCGUGGCUGCCAAAGGAAUUGGAUGUUGUGAAGAAAGAUCCGGUUUUUUCUCAGAUUUUUAAGCUGCAUGAGAAUGGUCUUGGGUACUCUGCGAGAGUGAUACACAACUUCUUGUGUAGGGAGCUGGUGACUUACAAACUGCACGAGAUUUGGUUUGUCUUUGCGAGGAGGCCACUUCGAUUUUCAUUACAAGAGUUCCACGCAGUAACCGGGUUUGAGUGCAAUACUCGUAUCUCAGUUAAGGAGUUUGAAGAGUGGAAAUAUGAUGGUGGUUUUUGGAGCAAUGUGUUGAGGAGAAAAGAUGGAACAAUUACACUCUUCAACCUGUGGACUAAGGACAAGGAAGUUGUUAAGAAGUGGAGGAAUGCAGAUCGUAUACGCCUUAUCUACUUGGCCAUCAUUCUUUGUGUGGUAUUAGCGAGAGCUGAGAAGGCUAAUAUCCCCCUCAAAUACAUUACGGUGGUCAUGGAUCUUGAGAGAGUUCGAAAGUAUCCUUGGGGAGUUGCUGCUUAUGACCUUCUCUGCAAUUCAGUAGCCAAAAAUUGUGACAAACUGAAGGAUAAGACUACUAGUUAUGUGUUGGAUGGAUUCUCCCACGCGUUGCAAAUUUGGGCAAUGGAAGCGGUACCGAAGAUUGGGAAGGAGCACAUGAAUGUCUUCCCUCGCACUGGUUGA